GCGUUCAAGUGCCCAAGUGUUGUUUGCAUGAUUCGAGAAGAACGAUGCGUGAGGACAACAAGUUCUGCUUACCAACUACUUGCUGUUUGAGAGUUGGUAAACCCAUUCCACCAUGUUCUGCCUUCGCGUAUGUGGCAUAUGCCGUCUGUACUGCACGUGGAGCUGCGUGGACCCUGAGUGCGGACUCAAUUCCGCACUUGCAGACCAGACCAGAAAAGUUUCCGGACGAGACAGCUGCACAGCUCAACACCAAGCGCUCGAGCACGCGACAUUCACUUGACGAACCCGACACCUAUCCAAGCCUGAUCGCACCGCUUUCUGCGCGCCACUUGCCUGGGGCCUGCAGGCGCCCACUCUCUCCUUCCUGUGGCCGUCGUCUGCCCCUAAGUCCACAAUACGACCCCCGGCCGCCAAAUCGUGGGCUUCACAAUUCCCAUGGAGCUUCAGACAGCAGUAGCACCCACGAGCCCGCCCCUCAGCAAAAUCCGGCUGGACCGGACCUUCGUCCCAGCCCGCUCGUCACGGCACCGGAUAGCCGUCAUCGCCCUCUACCGCGCCCUCAUAGCCCUCGCCUCGAGCAUAGAGCUCCCGCCCGAGCUCACGCAGGCAUGGCAUGACGCCCGAAGCCCAGAGAGCAAGCAGUCGACCCGGACACCACCGCCGCCGCUCGUCGCGAUUGUCCGCCGCACGUUCAAGCGCAACCGGGCCGACGUCUCCCCUCGCAUCGUGGCCCCAGCCCUGCAUGCCGGCUACCGCUCCCUCGCCCUCCUCCGAGAUGCCAAGGCGGCCUCGACCAACAUCAACCCCAACACCGACUCGCCUCCCUCCUCCUCCUCCUCCUCUUCCGCUGCGCGCGACCAACUCCUCGACCUCGUCCGCACCAAGCUCGCCGAGCGCCAGCGCUCCGUCUCCGCAAAGCAGGCAUGGCUCGCCGCGAACCCGCCCCCGCCUCCGCGGCGACGCGACCGCCCAAUCCUAGUCCGGCUACACCCGAUCCCGAGUGAGGAGAACCCAUUCCCGAAGCCGGAAUACCACACGCCAAACCACCCACGGCCCCUAGACGAGAUUCGCGAGAGCUGGGCGGCCAGGCACCCCGACGUUCCCGGAGGGCACUGGCGCAUGCGGAGGAUCCCGCACAUCGACAUGGCGCACGCGGUGCCCUUCCUGCGCAGGGGCCACGGGUUCGACCCGCUCCAGCAGAGCAUCAUACAGACGCGCAUGGGGAAGGCGGUCAAGAGGAUGCGCGACUACAAGUGGAUUGAGCGUUACGAGAUCCCCGACGCCCAGCUCGAGGAUGCGUGGGAGGACCUCGUGCGCAGGCAGGCCGAGCGGGAGAGCGGGGUGAGCGUGGGCAAGAUGGCGUCCGCGCUGACGGCAGAUGCGGCCAGUACUGCCGGGGAAGACGGCAGCGGCGGCGGGGCCGAAUGGUGGAAGGUCGGGAGUGUGGCGGACAAGGUGAUGAACUUGAGAAGGGACACGUGGGAUAGCCAGUCUCUGAGGGCGGCAGAGCAGGAGCGUCAGCGGAGAGAGCAGGCCGAGCGGGACGCGGAGAACCCGCCGAAACCCAAGGGGAACUGGUGGGAGAGCGGCGAGCAGAAGCACGGCGUCAUGCGAGACAUGUGGUCGCGAAAUGCCGCGGACUCGCCGCGCCCUCUGAGCUCACAGGACACUGCGAGUGCUUCUCCCGCUGCUACUCCUGCUGCCACUGCACCCGCGACUACGACGCUGGAAUCACCGCCGUCAUCAUCAGCAAUGCAGCCUGGCCCAGGAUCCGUGGGAAAACCACGAUCCAAAAAAGAACGCGCAGCCCGCUUGUCCCCACUCCUUGACGAGCUCGCCCACGAUGCCGUCCAGUUCCCAGAGAACGGGGGUUUCGACAGAACCGCCUGGGUGCAUGGCAUCCAGCGCAUCCGCACGCUCUUUUCGUGGACAACCGAGGUCCACAACGCGCGCGCCGACGCCCUGCGCAAGCUCGUCCUCGAGGAGAAGGCCCUGCUCGCCAAGGAGAAGGCCGAGGACUCGGCGGCGCGGCGGAAGAAGUGGGAGGAGAGGAUGGCCGCAGAGCACGGCGAGGACAAGUGGCGCGACGUGGUUGCGGAGGAGACGAGGGCACGGGACGAGGCGCGGCUUGCGAAGCUUGAGAAGAUCAAGACGAAUGUCUUAGAGAGGGAGAAGGCUCUGGAAGCGGCCAAACAAGAUUCCGAGGACCGGGUUCGCGAUGUGGUGAAACGAUGGGGAGGACGUGGGAAGAAAUGGAAGAAAUUCGUCCCGCGAGUGCAUACGGGGUAUGAGUGGGAGCAGACUGGGUUGGGGGAGGCAAAAGUGAAGGGCAACGGUGGAAAGGGUGGGAAUGGUGGCAAGGCGCAUGGAGCGAGGGAUCGGGCUGCGAAGCCAAAAGAACGUGAGGGUCGGCAGAAAAGAGAGAAAUAAGCAGAAUAUCUGGAGCAGAGUGGCACGUAGGCAGCAUGGGCAACCAAGGUUACGCUCUUGAUGAUCCUGAGUGCCGCAAUGCUCCGUCGUGUAGUCCGGUAUCCGGGUAGUCACGCAGCCCGAUCGCGCUCCUGGGCCAAGAACGAGGAUGAUCAAAACCAAAG